CUGCGCAUUCACCAGUCAUCAUUGUACAUUCCAUCGUCCACAGCGCCUCGGGCAAUGAGCAAUCCCCUCUCGCCGUCAUCCUCUCGCCUGUCCAAGCCAAACGCCUCUCGCACUCCGCCCGUCAAGAAUGCCAGACACAGUCGUUCCAAGUCGAGCCUGCCGCAGCCCAAGAUUCUUCCGUUUCCCGACUUGUCAGAACUAAGGUCCUCCAGAGAUACCAGCCGCGCCAACUCUCCUCUUUCCACUCCGGCCGGCGACCGACUCGACAUCACAUUUGACCAGCUCAUCAUGGUAAGAGGCAACUCCUCAGACAGCGGUACCCAUGCCAGACACCGCUCCUCUGGUUCUGGCGGCCGCACAACGCCGGUCUCCGUCUCCGGCACAUCCACUUUCCUCCGGCCCACCUCACCACCUAUCUCCUCGCCACUGGCCGUCACUAGCUCGCGAGCACGGGCUUUUACAGCUCCCACGAGACCCCCUCUCAGCCCCGCAUCCAGGUCCAUGCUUGUCUCGUCUUCAGCCAUUACCACGUCACGCGACACACAAGACCCGCACCUUGCUUCGUCCUCGCCACCACGACCAUCGACAUCUGCUCCUUCGGCCCCAUCUGUUGCCAUCGCACCUCCUAUCGCCCCCAUAUUACUCACUCCUUCGUCUUCUGGGCCAGCCACCAGCACUCACGCCGUUGACUUUGCGCACGGACCGACAACGCCUGUCAAGACUUCUCAUCAUCACAACCACGGGUAUGGUCGUUCUCAUGCCCUCAACCAUUCGACAUCCUCGCUUCUGUCAGCGCCGACAACUUCCGUGACCCCGGUACCUUCUUUCCAAUCCAUCAGCGAACACCUUUACAAGGCAUUUCUCAGUGGGACGUGUGCUGAUGUCCGAUUGGUGGUGAAAAAGUGGGGAGUAUAUUACAACGUCCAUAAAAUGAUCCUGUCUCAAUCAAGUUUCUUCAGUUCUCUCUUCCUAGGAGGGUUUUCCGAAGCCACCGCCACUCCAAAAUCGUCGUACAAAGGCAAAGGCAAAGCGAGAGUCGAUGUUCAAGCCGAAGACUGGCAUGGAGAGAGUAUUGACCUGCAGUUCGAUGAUCCAAAUAUUACCAGAGCGGCUUUUGAGAUAUGUCUGUCGAGACUUUAUUGUCCAUUUCCCAGUCUCCACUUUCCCACUACGCUCCUUCCCACGUCCUCUCACCCUCUCACUCCAUCUUUCCCCUAUAUCACAUCGCCUCCUUGCUAUCCUUCCCUUCAAUCAUCGCUUCUACCAAACGCGCAGCUGGCCACCCCUCGCCUUCUUUUAUCCCUUUUGGCCACCAGUGUAUACAUCGGACAUGGCCAUCUUCUUCGAGAGGUGCUUGCCAUGAUUCUCAGAACUGUUGGACCGUUGACGGUCAAUCAGUAUCUCUCAUUCGCCGUUGGCGACGGGAUAGGUGAUGAAGAAUGGGAAGGGCAGACCGCUGAAGGUGCCAAUGGUUUGCAAGAUAUCGCCAAACGAAUUUCCGACGCUCCAGAGUCACGGUCAUCUGCGAUGACGCCUAUGGAAGAGGAAGAUGAAGAAACUUUUGAAACUAGUCAAAAGUCUAGUGGUUCGAGGCUCUCGUCUGAUUCAAAUACCAAAAUUGGCCAACGAGAUCCGUUCAUUCAGCUCAACGGCGUUCCUUUCGAACCCUCACCCACCAGCCCCGCUGCCUCUGCCCGAUCUCAGAACAACGAAUUUUCCUUUGUCUCUGCAGACAUGCUUGACCUACCUCAUUUUUACGGUACUGUAGGAAACAAAAUUGGUGAGGCUUGUGUCUGUUGGCUAGCAAGAUGGGGUAUGGACCUAUUGCGAGCGGAGUUGGAGACGCCGAACGUCUGCUAUCGCAUCUGGGCACAUGGAGGUUUACCUGCGCGCUUCGUGCGGGCACUCCUAAGCUCAGAUUUUUUCUUUGUAAAAGAUGAAAUGGAGAGAUAUGAAAUUACAAGGGAUGUGUUGGAGUUGAGGAGGACCGGGUGGCAGCAAGAACUGGAUGGAAGAGGGGAUCUAUCCUUGGCCAAUCCCGAAGUUGCCGAGCAGCAUGGCUGGGAGGAGUGGGAGGAGGACGAGAAAGAGAUUAAAUUGGUAUUCGCUGAAGGAAUUAGGUAUUGCCAUAUGACAUUCAAUGAUCUGUCAUCUAUCGCUUCUAAUAUUGAUCCCCAAACCGCUCUUCCUUAUACGCCCAUGUCUGUGCUCCAGGCAGCGCAUUGGUCAGCAGCUGAUCUUCGGGCUCGUGUGACGGCGCACGAACGAGACGGGAACGUCUCGGUGGAGUCGGAAGACGACAAGAAUGAAGUGGGUCUCACCCAAACGACUUCAUCUAUUGUUGAAGGACUACGCAAACGCCGUAGACCCGCGCCGCGCAGUAGAGUGCCCAGUCCGGCCUCUUGGGGUCCUUCGACUACUUCGUUAGCUGCCACCAUCAAUUCUAUUUCUUCAGCGACCGAAGCCUCCUUCUCCCCGCUUCUUUCUCACUCUAACUCUGUGUGGUACCCCGUCCCAUCCGAUGAAACGCAUCGUAUCGGGGCCAGCGGUCUCUUGUCAGCUGGCUCACUCUCGACUGCGAAUCUAUCUGGCGUCCCCGAUUUUGGUCCGGACCUAGUAGACGUUCUGCCUCAGGAAGGUAGCAAGUCGCAACCCCCUCACGGCGAGAAAAAUUUCUUUGGAUUAGUCAGUGGGAAAGCGACUGAAGAAGAAAUUGAGGAGAAGUGGGUCAAUGAAGGCGGGGCAUUUGCAAUGUCGCAUCUGGGGUUGAUGGGAAAUGGGAAUGCAAAAGAAGAUAAGUGGACGAAAAUUGAACCGUUUAGGUUUUCGGUUGAAUUCUGGGAUGUAGACAAGUUAGGUGAAAAAGAACGUUACUAUUCCGCCACUCAUUUUUACGCUGGAUCGUUAUUCAAUUGUUACGUUCAAAUGAUAAAAAGGAAAGAGAAAGGGGUUCAACUAGGAAUUUAUCUUCAUCGUCAAUCACCUAAUGAAUCGUUUCCCACGCCUUCUGCGCCUCAGAUGGCCGAUAGGAAUCCGUUGAUGAGGACGGUUACCAGCCUCUCAACGGCCCCAGCACCAUCUACGCCGGCCGUACAUGGCCAAUCUCUGGCACCAUCUCCAGUCAUUCCGGGGAGCCCACCUUCUGCGACGACCCGUUUCUUCCCCGGUGGGGCCAAUCAGGAGCGUGGUAAUGCUUUGGCGACUGAUGUACCUUACCAUGAUACCAGAGCUGUCACCAAGGCAUUCUUUUCCAUCAGUUGUGCCUCGGCUCUCGGGACGGCCCUCAUACGAUUCACCUCUGGUCCCGAUACCUUUGCUCAUUCUCAGUCGUGGGGUUGGAAGUCUUCUGCUCUGAAAUCGGAGGAGUAUCUAUCUUCUCCUCCGGCAGUGGAACGCGGCGAGAAUUUGGACGAAGGUGUGAUGGGAUGGACCGGUGAGGUUGAUACAGAAGGUAUUGGAAAAGGAAACGGGCGUUCCACAUUGAGAGCAACGGUCGUGGUUGGCAUAGUUUGAUUUUGGGUUGACAUUCACGUCAUUUGUUAAGGACAUUUUUUUGGUUGGUUGCUUAUUAUGGCACCAUUGUUAUAUAUGUAACUUGUUGAGCUCUGUUAUGGAUGUCGCUGGUGUGACGGAGAAAGCGAGAGCGGAAGGAGAAAGGACGAAGGCAAGGAGGCUGACGUGUUCAGCACUGACGUCUUUACAUUUGAUAUAUACCAUAUGUUUAACCACUUUUGUUUCUGUCUUUGGUUCUUCCUCUUUUUAUCUGCAUCUCUCCUGCAUAAUCGUGCUCAAGUCUAACAAUUUCCCACAAGGCACAAUACCUGUACAAACUCUCUCCUGCGAUGUCCUCUAUUGCCAGUGUCUCAUUCAAAUAUGCUCUCUCGUGGCAACCAUUAUCCUCCUUCCUCCCUCAGCUAAAUGCCUUCAUUCUCGCCACUCUUUCUGCCUUGACUUCAUUUCAGCUCAACCUCUUUCAGACUGGGCUCCCACGAAAAGACUCAAUCUUCCAGCAAGCAACAACAACCUGGUACUCCCUUUUGCCACCGGUCGCCUUCCCUCCAUUUGUCACCUCCUUUUGUUCGGCAUUUGCGAGGGAUGGCAAAAACUAUGCCAUCCUCGCUCUGUCCUUCUUCAUUAUUGUACUCUGUUAUCGUCUCGGGUCUCUAGCGAGGUCCAUUACCCCUUCCCAGAAUCAAGAUUCCGCACAAGCCGCGUCCCCUACAACGAGUCUCUCUCAAGAGUGGGGCCAACUACGGCGGAUGGUCAUAGAAGGAGAGGAUGUUGAUCGAAUAAUGCAAGGAUGUCAGCGAUCGGCCCCCGAAUUGAACUAUCUUGCUAUGACUAAAGUUCUCAGACAGUUUCUACUUCCCAUGGGCUCUAUCUGGCCUCGAGAAUAUUAUGAAGCGUAUCAUCAAGCUAUAAGGCAUGGAAAAAUGAUGAGUCUUAAGAAGUCGGUGGUCUUGCGGCACAUCAAGACGGGAUUAGUACUCAUAGGGCACUCUUAUCUAUCUCCACAGGAUAUCAUCAGCAGGGAGUGGAGAGGAUUGUCGUGGGAGGAUGAUGACUAUACCAAAUGAUGGCCCGACUCUCCAUAGCUGGAUUAAUACUUUACUGUUGGAAG